GAGCUGGGCACCGGUCGCAGUUGGGCCAGCCGCACGGCGCAAGAAGCCGUGCCGGCGGCCGUCGGGCGCGACGAGCACUGCUACAGUAGUGCCUCGGCACCCAUAACAGCGCGGCAGCGUGCACGCAGUGCAACGUCGCCCUAGGCAGCCAGUGGGCAGCCAAAAACCAGCCCGUGGGCAGCCCGUAGGCAGCCCGUGGGCAGCCGGAGACGAUGCCGAGCUUCCUGCGCCCACUCGGCGACAACGCCGGCCAGCCGCUGACGCUACGGAAGCGGACGACGUCGCUGGGACGGGCCGAGGACAACGACGUGCAAGCUUUACCGAGAAGUGUCUCGGGCUACCACGCCGAGGUCGAGCUGCUCGAUGGAGGCGGCGCCGUGCUCCAUGAUCGGGGCGCGGACGGUUCUGGAUCUAGAUUCGGGUCUUUCGUCGGUGACGACCACUUCACGGGCGGCUGGCGGGAGGUGUGCCACGGCGACAUCAUCCGGUUGGGCACCUUGCAGCACGGCGUCGCGUUCCGCUAUGAAGAGUCGGAGGGCGCGCCACUCCCACCGCCUCCUAGACCAGAACAAUUUAUUACGGAGCCCGAGACGCUCCAGAACGCGGCCAAACGGGCGCUGCGGGAGCGUAAUGGCUCACCAAAAGAAAGAGCUGUCAAGGACGAGGUGCCGGCUGCCGGUCGUAGAUCAAAAACAGAUGUUCCUGUAUCUGUGUCCUACCAGGUCGCGGACGGCAUUCGCGUCGACGACCAGAAUAACAAUUUGAUCGGGCGUAAUAGAAUCAACACGUCGUAUGAUGAUGACCUACCUCUGCGAGAACAGAAGCGCCAGGAGCUCGAGAAGGAGCGGUUGAGGUUAGAAGAAGAAAAACGGCAGCGCGACAACGAGAAUAAAUUAGCGCAGUUGCGGGAGAAGCGCAAACCUGUUAACGAAUCGUUGUCACCUCGAGGAGCUCCACUGAAACAUUCUAUAAGAUAUGAGGAUCUAGAAGACGAGGCCCCGGAGCGGCCGUCGCAAGUACAGGAAGUAGACGACGCGCCGUUCUCGCCACCGCUGCCGGACCCGCCCUCGCUACCUUCUCUGGCAGAACGGUUCGAGUCGCCGCGACUCCCUGCGGUUGUCCAUCAAGGCUCCGUUUUGGUAGUCGAGGAAGAACAGCCACCGGCGCUACCGCCGAAAGAGCAAAACGCCGUCCUGGAAGCGAGGGAACGCGCCGCGGCGUCGAUGCGGCGCUUGAACCAAGCGUUGGCCGGUGUGAGACCGUUCAGCGACCUGCAGAGCGACCUCGUACCGGGCCCGGCGCCCGCCGCCGGUGACGAGAUCGAGGAGCUCCGUAGUAAAGUCCAGCAGCUGACCAACGGCAUGGACGAAUCAUCUCGUGAAGAAUUGAAGGCGUUGCAGGAGCAGAUUUCCGCCCUCGCCCCGAAGGUCGACGGGCUCGUGGCCAAGGAGGGUACCGGCGUCGAUGUUCAGGAGCGCAUGGAAUCACUCAGGGAGGAGCUCUGUGCGGCUCUGCGGGAUGACGUGCGCCAGAUGCUCAAGAAGGAGAAGGCGCGCGUCGAAGAGGACGAGCCGUCGACGGCCGCGCAACUCAGAGAGAUGAAAGCGUCCAUGGACCGCGACCGCAAGGAGCGGCGGCGCGAGCGCAAGCGCGACGACCACAACGCCCUCAAAGAAAAAGUGAACGAGGUGCUCCUGAGGCAGCAGAUCGGCGGUGGAACGCGGCCCAUGAUCGGAGGUGGCGUGAACCUCGAGGAGCUCCAGGCCAACCUCGAGCAGCCCAUGAUCGACCUCCUCCAAAGGUUGGACGCGCUAUCUACGGAUGUCAAGUCCCUGAAGAAUGGGACCCCGAAGAAGUUACAGGGCGAGCUCUCGGCCUAUAAAAAAGCUGUUGCUGAAUUGGCGUCGAAGGCGCCGUCGUCGGCGCCCAAUGACGAGCUGAUCCACCGCAUGCGCGCGCUCGAGGAGGAGGUCCGCCUCUUGCGGGAGGAGGAUGUAUCGCCUCCCACGCCGUAUCGCACGGCUGUGGUAGAAGCUCCAGCUCCCAGGUUCCAGCCCGACGCGAUCAUGAGUCCCGCGAAGCCGCGACGAAGUUUAAGAGGCGUCGCGCGCGGCUUGGGCGCCUUCGGGCGGCGCUCGCAGGCGGGCGACGACUACCGGCGGGAUCUAGCUGCUGUCAGGCGCGAGGUCGACGCGGCGCAUGAAAGAAUAGCCCAAGUCGACCCCCAGGCUUUCGAGAGGAUGAAGAGCGACCUGGAGAAGUCUCAUCGGGAGGCGGAACAGCGCCACGAUUCGUUAUUGAAAGCUCUGACGGCCAAUCAGCCCAUUGACGUAUCCGGUCUGAACGCCGGCGUGCAGAAAGCGCAUCAACACGCCGUGGACCAUCUCCAGAACAUCCCCGGCGUUUCUGUGGAGGAUGUCGACGCCGUGAAGAAGGUGCUCGAGACCGGUACUCAUACCAUGGAGCAGCGCCACGAGAACUUGUAUGCGUACCAGGCGCCCGUGCCGGCGCCGUCCAUGUCAGUCGUGCUGCAGGACCCCGUAUCGCACGGCCAAGCGGCGACGUCCUACUGGUCGAAGCUCCGCGCGAACGUCCGCUUGGGCAAGGCUUCGGGUCAGGAAGUACAAAAAGAACUACAGAAGCAGCGCGCUGCAUUGGACAAACGCCUCGAGUCGGACAACGACCCUCAUCUCCAAAGGUUGGACGAGGAAUUGAGGAAGACGGAGCAGGCCGCCAUUGCCACGCCGACGAAGCGCGCGGCGCUCCAACUCGCUUUUGACGCGUGCGACGGGAAUGACGUGGAAGCCUACAAGGGAGCUUUGUCUGAUGCAUUGAAGGAUCCGGCGACGGACAUUAACGAGGUGCGCCAGCAAGUUGAAAGUUUAAAUGAUCCUAUCCUCCGAGAAAUGGUCCGGGCGCCACAAAUAGCGCAGGACCGGCGGCGGUCGCUCUGUGCCGCGUUGAAGGCGGACCUCCGCGAGGACAAUGAUGAUGCCAAGAGGAGGGCGGCCCGCGGCCUCAAGCUCUACGCGAAGGAGGCCCACGUCCAGCUGGUCGACGCGCCUCCGGAACUGCGAGAAAAGAUCCGCACUGAAGUUAAUUCCCUGAUCGAAGUGGCGACGGGAGACGUCCGAGAAGGUUUAUCUUUACUGUUAGAGGACUGUUCAGAAGUAGCGGCACCAGCAGCCGCCCCGGAAUCCCGGAGGCUCGACGCGCUGGCCGACCUCCAGAAUGAGAUGGCCGCAGUCGCCAACGGUGCAGAUGCGUCUAAAGUAAAGCGCAAGUUCCGGGCCUACGCCAAGAGAGCUAGACUGGCGCACCGCGACGAGGUCGAGCGGGAGCUAGCUCAAAUAAAAAGGCAGGUCGCGCAAUGCGCCGAGGCCGAGGCGCCCGUCGCGGCCAUUUCUGCUGCUUUAGAUGAGUUCGACGCCAUCGCCGAGGCGCCGGCGCCCGCUUUAGAAAGAGAAACGACGUAUGCCAAGGUCUUUGAUGAUCUGGAGACGUUGCGGCGGGAAGUGUCCAGUAAAACGAGAUCCGAUGAAGCUGUUUCGGAAGCGGUGCGAGCGUUGGAGUCUCGAUUACAAACCUACUUCGUAUCCUUAAGGGCGGAUGACGUCCAACCGGAGCGCGACGAGUCCGAGCUCGACGCGCUGCGAACUCAAGUCCGCGAGUUGAAGGCGGCACGCACGCUGGCGAAGUUCGGCUUCGGGAAGAAGCGCAAACCGACGAAGGCCAAGGAGGACGCGAAGACCCUGGAUGCCUUGGACGCGAAGAUCCAGGCGGUGCAGGCGGAGCUAAGGAGUGCUCGGCCCGUCGUCGAGGCGCCCGCGCCGCCUCCACUUGCAUCGCCCGUGCGGCGCGUGCUGUCGGCUGCUUUACAGAAUAACCAGGACGCGGCUCCCGCCGACGACGCGUCGGUGGCCAAGUCGGACGGCCUGAAAAGUGCAUUGUUAGCGCAGGCCCAGGCCCUGUCCCAGCUGACGAACGAGAUCCGCCAGGACCGUUCUUCGAAACGAGGCUCCUUCUCAGACAAACCCCGGAGGCAGGCCUGGGGCGCGCCACAAGACGAUCUUAACGAGCUGGAGGAACAAUGUCUGCGACUGCUGGACGAGGACUACGGCACCUCGACGGAACAACCCCUAUCUUCCUUAGUAGAAGCCCUGCGUGCGUUACGAGCGGUUCAAGAUCGAACGAAGGCGCGAGCCGAGCUGCGGUUGUUGCGCCAGCGGUCCGAAGAGCUGCGAAGGGUCUCGACGGGCAUCGAACAGUACGACCACCUGUGUUCCCAAGUCGAUGCGUUCGUCGAUCAAAUCCGCAAGUCCGUCAAGCGGCCGGUGCCGGCGAUCCGGUUUUCUCAGGACGACCUCACUCCGCCCCACUCGCCAUCACGUAGACGCUCCUUCGAGACGAGUCCGCCGCAAUCUCCUACACGCUCGGAACUGUCCGUGACCUUCCGCGAUGAUAGAUUCAGGCAGGACCGCUCGGAACGGCAACAACGGCUCACGGAGGACAUCGAGGGCCAGGCGCGCUUAUUACAGGAGGAGCUGGCCCAUGUCCGGGAGGACAACUGUGCCACGGCGAUUGAUGUUAUACGAGGUUUACACGACUUGGUCGACCAAUUGAAGGCGCCUCAUUCCUUGCGUGAUCUCGCGGCUCAGUUACGGGAUCAUGCGGACUUUAUCCGGGAAGAACUCCAGCACUCGUCGUCAGCCGAAGAAGAUGAAUAUAGGGAAGGGUUGAGGACCCUUGAGAAUUUAGUGAUACAACAAUUGCGAAGUCUGCAAGCGACCCCGUCGCCGUCGGAACGCGCCUUGCACCAACAGCUCAAGCAGCACCAGGGGAACUUGUCGGAAGCCAUGGGCUAUCUACGAGAAAGUACGGCGCGAGACACGGCGGCCGACGAGUUGCGCGCCUUGAAUUCGAAAGUAGGGGUCCUGGCGCAUUCGCACUCCGAGACCAGUGAACGUACUGUGCGAGCGGUGGACGCGGCCCUAGCGAAGCACGCCGAGCGAUUGGAGAGGGCCCAAGUCCCCUUGAACGACGUCCACUCUCGUAGAGAGCUAGAUGAUCUACGACAUUUGGUGGACGCGGCUCGGAGCCAUGUGGGCGAAGCGACAGAAAGACAAAUUAGUAGACACGCCCAAGCGUUGCGCGAGGAGAUGGCCCAGACCAUAAGGAACGCGCGCCACAAGGAAAGAGUACAGAAUGAACUGAAAGAGUUGAAAGCACAAGUGUCGGCAUUGCAAAUGAACCCUCGAGAUGCGUCUACGUUGUUAAGGGACUUCAAGAAGCAGUUGUCGGAUCAUGUCGAGCAGAUCGCCGAUAAGUUAGCACGAACGCAGAACCAGGAGACGCGCGGGCACCUGCACGAAGUGCGAUCGGAGCUGAAGUCGGUCCAAGCCCUCGCGUCGACCAAUUCCUUGGAACAAUCUAUCGCUAGGCAUGCGUCCCAACUACGAAGCGAGCUGAAUCAGAACAACGCGCGGGAGGCGGCGGACGAGGUGCGGCUGCUGAAGGAUCGCCUGUCGAAGGUCGACUCUGUGCCUUCGACACUGGAAGUUCAGUUGAGAGAGCACUACCAGCAAGUAUCGGAGGCGCUGCGGCGGAACCAUGAUUCUGAUUUACAACAACUGAAAGUGGAGCUGAAGGAGUUGCGGGAGCAACUGAAAAGACCGGUCGACGAUCAUCGCAUGAAUAAACUCGAGCAGAGGAUGGAGGCCCACGCUACCGCUCUCAGAGAUGAUUUCCGGCGGUUGCGGGAGGACGGCGUGUCGCAACGGACGCAACUCGAGAUCCAGGGUCUGCGGGAUACUUGUGCCGAACUAAGUUCCUAUCGCAAGGAGAUGCCCGAUACAUUACGAAGAGAAUUACAGCAGCACUCGGAGGUCAUUCAAGGUAAGACAGAGUUUAGUGAGUUAAGGAAGGAGUUGCAAGCGGUCCGCGAGUUAUGCGGGUCUACUCAGAGAAACUUAGAACAAGCCAUCCAGCAGCACGCCGUGGCCUUGCGCGACGAGAUGCGCCAUCUACGUGAAAGUAGUGGUGCUCGUGGUCGUGCGGGUGACGAAUUGAGGGCUUUGAGGGACAAGGUGCGCGAGACGACGAAUGACGACGUCGUCCGGAACCUGGAGCGACAACUGGCCCAGCACGCUUCUAGAGUUGAGAGAGCUCAAGAAACAGCUGACAGAGAGGUGAAAAGUGAACUGAAGGCUCUGGGGGAGCGCAUCGAAGCUGUUAGAAACGCCGCGCAAACCAGAGAGUCUCUACAGCAAAAUGUCGAAGCGAACGCGCAGUUACUGAGGGAGGAAUUGCGGUCGCUGAAAGUGAAUAAUGACACAAUCAACGCCCUGAAAUCUCAAGUCGAGGAGCUCCGGCACCGCGGCGAGCACGGCCUCAUGGAACGGUUAUCGUCCGAGCUCGGGAGUCAUACGCAAUCAUUGAAGGAGGCUAUUUUGUCUGGGCAAGGUGGUUCGGAGUUGAGGGACCUCCAGAGGCAAUUGCUCGAGCUGCGGGAAGCGUCGAAGCGGGACCUCGAACUGAUCAUCGCCCGAACGCCCAAAAAAGAGGACAUCUCGUCGCUCAUCGAGGAGAAGACCUCAGCUCUCAAAGAAGACAUCACGCGCAUGCGCGACUCCUUCGCGCGGGAUGCUGCGUCCGACGAAGUGCGGGCGCUGAACGAGACGGUCCGCGACCUGAAACAGCGGUCGUCCGCGGACGAUUUGAAGCUGCAGCGGCUCGAGGAGCGAUUGAGGGCGGCGGACUCUUCUCACGUCGUACAGAACACCCAGUUGGAUCAGUUGAGGGAAGAAGUCAAGCGCCAGCUGUCGGCGCGGCGGGACGAGUCCGUCGAAGCGAAGCUUGCGGAGCACGCUUCACGUCUGCGGGAGGAGCUCCAGCAUGCAUUGUCCGGAGCGGCGAACAACACGUCCACUGAGUUGAAGAGCCUGGCCGCGAAGAUCUCGUCCCUCGAGAGCGGUGGUGAUAAAGUAGCGGCGGCGUUAUCUUCGCUAGAGAAGCAGCUCAGCGGCCAUUCCAAAGCAUUGCAGGACACGGAUCUCACGACUUUAAGAAGGGAGGUCGAAGCCGUGAGGGCCGACGCCGCGCGUGUCCGUGAGGACAGGUUCCAAACGCUGCAACGGCAGAUCGACGGGAAUUCGGCCCAGGCCCAGUUCCUCGAGACGCAGAAGCAGUUGAAUGACGUCAAAGAACGUUUUGAGGCGAAGGACAAGAGCAUCGAAAAGCUGUCGAAGGAGCUUUCCGAGUUGCGACGCGCGAAAGAAAACGAAGCGCAAGCGGCCCAAAGGGCCGAGAAAUUAGCUUUGGAACAGUCGGUCAAACAGAGGGACGCGGAGAUCGAGUCGCUCAGGAAGCAGUUGUCGGAGGACGAUCUGAGCACGCCGCGCGACCGGGGGGCGCUGUUCGCGUUGCGACGCCAGUUGGCUCGAGCAUCUAGAAGAGAUGCGAGGAGGUUAAGAAGGGACCUGGAUGAUUUGCGAAGAGUAAGGGCGGCGGACGCGCGGGCAGCUCAAAGCGCUUUGAACGAGAUCGCCCGAAGUCUGUCGGGCGCGCCGGCGCCGGCGCCGUCCUUGCGACGUGAUUUAGCGGAGUUGAGAGAAGCUCAAAAGCGCGACGCCGACAUUUCGAGGAGGGCCAUCGACCAGAUCGAACGGCAUUUGGACGGCACCGCCGUCGCCGAGGCGCCGGCGCCGGCCGACCUCGAUUCCAUCGCGAGGCAGGGUGAUAGGGCUUUCGAGAACGCGAAUCUCGAUGCGGUGCGACGGCGGCUGCGAGAACUCGCGGAGGCGGCGCAGCGCGGUUCCAUGCGAGCGGAUCGGCUCGAAAGAGAUGCAUUGCGACGGUUGAGCGACAAGGCAGAGAACAGCGAACUGUUGGACGCCGUCUUAGAUCAGGUACAAACUUUGAAUCAGGCGGUCUUCACGCCGAGGUCUGAUGAAGAGGACACGCCGCGAACAGACGCUCUCAGAAGGCUGACGUCCAUCGGUCGGCGGGACGAGCUCGCCGACCUAAGAAAAGAGGUCGAGCGCCUGAAGCAAACGUCGGUGAUCGGUGACGACAUGGCGCGCGACGACACGGAUCCGGAACGGGACCGAGCGUUAAUACGCUCGUUGCGGAGGCAAUUGGUACGGAGCGACGCGGAGCGCGAUAGGGCCGUGCGGUCAUUAGCUCGGAAUGCGAAGGGCGCCGACGCCGUCAAUAACUACGCCGAGAAGCAGAGGGAAGCGCUUACGAAACUUGAGCACGAAAUUGAUAUAUGGCGGGAGCGGGCCGAAAACAGUGAAAGGAACUGGGCCCAGCUCGUCCAGGAGCGCGACGCGGCGUUGAAUGCCGCUCAACGUGAAGCGGAGGCUUCGGCGUUGCGAGACGAGCAGUGGGCGGAGCAGCUUCAGGAGCGGGACUUGCGGGUCGAAGAAUUGGCGACGCAACUGGCGGAGCUUGAGGAGGGCGGGUCGGCUGCCGAGGCCGCUAGAGCGUUACGCGACGCUCUGUUGGAGCAGCAGGCGGCGGAUCUUAAUAGGAUGAGAGCCGCGGCGGCUCGAGCGCGCGAGGCGCUCGCGGAGAGAGAUGCCGUCGAGCGGCGCGCCGGAGACGCCGACGGCGCCGCCUGGCGCGCGACCGCUCAGAUGAAUCAGACUAAAUUGCUGGCGGCACAGGCCGCGCAGGGCUCGGUCGGCGACGUCGUGGCCGCGCGCGCGGACGCGGACCGGCUCAAUCUCGAAUUGGCUAAAACGUUGUCGUCGACGACGCGGAGCGGCGUGCUGCGGGCGAGGUGACAUACUAAGUAGAUUUACAGUCCA